CAAAACCAUAUAAUUCAAAACUGACAUAGUGACAUUUUCAAUUAUAAAAACAAGAUUUAGAAAAUAUUAAUUUAAUUUUGUAAAAAUAAGCAACUAAUUUGUAGUUAUUAUUGAAUAAAUUCUAGAUAAUUUUAAAAAUGGGUCGGCGAUAUUAUUGUGAUUUCUGUGAAAAAUCAUUCAUAGAUGAUUUAGAAGCAAGGAAAAAACAUUUGAGUGGAUUAGCACAUCAACAAGUCAAAUAUCAGCAUUAUCAUCCAUUUCGAGACCCUAAAGAAAUAUUCGAAGAAGAAUCACGUAAAACAGAAUGUAGAAAAUUUUUAAAAGGCACAUGUUUGUUUGGUUUGAAAUGUAAUUAUUCACAUUAUACGGUUGCCGAACUGGCCGAAAUCAAACAAUUGGUAGAAGAAAAUGAACGUAUUGAACAACAAAAACAAAUGAAAAUUGAAUAUGAAAAUACAAAUAUUCCAUCGUUAGAGGAAUGGCUAAAACGAUACCAUGAACGUAUUUCACAAAAUAGUAAUAAAGAUCCUAAGAUUUAUCAAAAUAGUGACGAUGAUUAUGUUUGGACGUACCCGUCAUUUUUAGAGCAUAGAACUGAUUUACCUCCGUCUUUACAUAAGCUACAACCAUACCAUUUUUCUAACGAUAAAUUUGCAAGCUGGGGAUAAUUAUUACCCAACUCCUUUAAAAA